CGCGCUGAAGAGGCAGGCCGGUGUUUUUCCAUUUGUGAUGAUGGUCACCCAUGUCGAGAGACAAAGGUCAGAAAAAAAGCUCAUAAACUAAAUUUACCGCCGCCGAUGUUAUUCAGCACCCAGCAGCCGCACAAUACAGAAGGGACAAGAGCAUUUCAAAGGAAUUAAAGGAACAUUUAAACAGUAAAGCAUGGCCCAGAAGGAGAAACUCCAGUGUCUAAAGGACUUCCACAAAGACAUUCUGAAACCGUCUCCGGGAAAGAGCCCAGGCACGAGGCCGGAGGAUGAAGCAGAGGGGAAACACCCCCAGAGGGAAAAAUGGGCUAGCAAGCUUGACUUUCUUCUGUCAGUCGCCGGGGGCUUUGUUGGUUUAGGCAACGUUUGGCGUUUCCCGUACCUCUGCUACAAGAAUGGCGGAGGUGCUUUUCUCAUCCCUUACUUCAUCUUCCUGUUCGGUGGAGGUCUGCCUGUGUUCUUCCUGGAGGUGGCGCUCGGCCAGUUUACCUCUGAGGGAGGAAUCACAUGUUGGGAGAAACUUUGUCCCAUUUUUACAGGCAUCGGCUACGCGUCCAUCGUGAUCGUCUCUCUGCUGAACAUCUACUACAUUGUGAUCCUGGCAUGGGGCUUGUACUACCUGUUCCAAUGCUUUCAACCAGAGCUCCCUUGGGCAAGCUGCAACAACAAAUGGAACACAGAAAAUUGCGUGGAGGACACCCUCCGCAAGAACAAAACACUCUGGGCUGCUGCGAAUGCCACUAACUUCACUUCGCCAGUCACUGAGUUCUGGGAGCGAAAUGUCCUCAGCAUAUCGGAUGGUAUCGAGGAUGUGGGUCACAUUAAAUGGGACCUGGCCCUUUGUCUUCUUGCUAUGUGGGUCAUCUGCUUUUUCUGCAUCUGGAAAGGUGUGAAGUCUACAGGGAAGGUUGUGUACGUUACAGCAACAUUCCCGUUCAUCAUGCUAAUCGUCUUACUUGUACGGGGUGUCACUCUUCCUGGGGCAGCUCAGGGCAUCAAAUUCUAUCUGUAUCCAAAUGUGACUCGCCUUGGAGACCCAGAGGUGUGGAUUGAUGCGGGGACGCAGAUAUUCUUCUCUUACGCCAUCUGUCUGGGAGCCAUGACGUCAUUGGGAAGCUAUAACAAAUACAAAUACAACUGCUACAGGGACUGUUUGCUGCUGGGAGGCCUGAACAGCGCUACCAGUUUUGUGUCUGGCUUCGCAAUAUUUUCCGUCCUGGGCUUCAUGGCACAAGAGCAAGGGGUGGACAUAGCCGAUGUGGCAGAGUCAGGUCCUGGCUUGGCUUUCAUUGCUUACCCUAAAGCCGUCACUAUGAUGCCACUGCCUACAUUUUGGGCCAUUCUUUUUUUCGUCAUGCUUCUGCUGUUGGGCCUCGACAGUCAGUUUGUCGAAGUGGAAGGGCAGAUCACAUCCCUAGUGGAUCUGUAUCCAUCCUUCCUACGGAAGGGAUAUCGGCGUGAAAUUUUCAUAGCUAUUGUGUGUUUCAUGAGCUACCUAUUGGGACUUACAAUGGUCACCAAGGGUGGAAUGUAUGUGUUUCAACUCUUUGACUACUAUGCAGCCAGUGGCGUGUGCCUUUUAUGGGUUGCUUUCUUUGAAUGUAUUGCUGUAGCCUGGGUCUAUGGCGCUGAUAAUUUCUAUGAUGCAAUUGAAGAGAUGAUUGGUUACAGACCAAAUCCCUGGAUGAAGUGGAGCUGGACUGUAAUCACACCUUUUCUGUGUGUGGGAUGCUUUGUCUUCUCAUUGGUCAAGUAUACACCCUUGAGGUACAACAAAGUCUACGAGUACCCGGAUUGGUCCAUUGGAGUUGGCUGGACCCUCGCCCUUGCGUCCAUGAUCUGCAUACCAAUGGUGGUUGUGAUCAAAAUCAUUCAAUCGGAUGGGCCGCUCAUAGAGAGGAUCAAAGCUGUGGCGGCACCCGUGAGGGGAGGGGCCAGUUCUUGCCCCCAAGACUACCGGCCCAAAAGCAAUGAGCUGUCGCAGCCCCUGGACCCCAACUGGAAUGGAGGCUUGAUGAAGCCCACCCACACCAUCAUAGAAACUAUGAUGUGAAUGCUCUCUGUGAGAGGAAUCAAAUGUCCUGCUUUUCCAUUAUAUAUAUGUGAUUCUAUAUACAUAUGUUAUAAAAUAUACUCUGUAACUUUUGACAUAGUCGUAGGACCAGGUUUACAUUGCUACGCAUCUGCACUAGGAGUCCUUGUUUUUUGUUUUUCUACAGAGAAAGUUACAUUUUUUUCUGUCUGUAUUUUUAAUAUUUUUAUCAAAUUACUAUUAUUAUAUUACUAUUAUUGUCACUGUUAUUAGAGUGAGAAGAGAUCACAUACAACAGUAUCUAAAUUAGAACCACGACUGUUCUAUUUUUGUAACUUUUAUCUUGUACAUAUUGGAAUUGAAGUGAGCUGUGCUUAUUUUUAGAUUAAAAUUAUGAAAGAAAAAAAAACAUCCCACAAAGGGCUCCAUAAACAGUAAAAGAGUGAACGUAAAUCGUGUUUGACAAGUGAAGUUGGUGUACGCACAUUAAAAAAAAAAGAAAAAUCCACUUAUCCUCUCCCGUGAUGAACUGUUCGUCAUUUUAGGGAGGAAACUUUGAAUAGUGAUAUAAGUCCUUAAGUGCAAAAAUCAUUUUCUCAAUCAGUAUUUUUUGUCUUGUUUUCCAGUAAAAAUAUCUAAAAGCAAACAUCUGGGUUUCAGUGAGGCACUUACAAUGGAAGUCAAUGGGGCAAAUCCAUAAAUGUUAAAAUACUCAGUGUUUUAGAAGUAUAGCCACAAGCAGUAAAUGAUAUCUGUGUUUAAAUGAUUUUAAUGUUAUAAAAUCGCUUACUAACCUUUUCUGUGUAAAGUUAUAUUUUACAACUUUGUUGCCAUGACAACUUAAACCUGUAAACCCAGUAAUCCCACAAUAACGACAAUUUUAAACAACUAUACAGCUCAAAUAAUACAUGAGUUUUAACAGAAGAAUUAAUAUAAGUGCUUUUAUAAAAUUAUAAGCUUCACAUUACUACCUUUAAACCCUUCAAAUAUUGGCCCCAUAUACUUCUAUUGUAAGUGCCUCACUGUAAUCUAGAUUUGUGGUUUUUUAAAGAAAAGGAGGGAUGAAUAGAUUUAUUUUUUUCCUGUGGGAAUCAACAUUGUGCUACAAAUUCUUUCAACUGAACUUAACUAAUAUUGAAGCCAGAAUAUUCCUUUAAAAAAAAUAUUUAAAAAAAAUAUUUCGAAGCAAAAUUGGUUACGAUAAGACUUUUUACAGAGAAUAUAUCAUAAACCCCUUUGGCAUAUUGUUAUUUCUUAUUUUUAAGCAAUAAACCUCAUGCAUUUUUGUCAGAUUCUAUGAAGUAUUAAUAUCUUGCACAAUUUUUCUUCUCAAGUAAAUGUUUUUUUUUUUUUUUUUUUAAGGAAUUUUUACUGGAAAAUGACAAAAAUGCUUAUAAAGAAUUUUUGUUUUUUUUUGUUUUUGUUGUUAUUGUUGUUGUUGUUUUGGUAGUGUUAUGCAUUAUUGUAGAUCUUUCAUUUUAUGAUGCUAAGUGUGUCCUAAAAACCGUUUAGACUGGAGUUUGUGCUGUCUGGAAGAAUCUCACUGGUUAGCCCUGCUUGUCUACAGAGUAAUGUUCAAGCACUAAACCACUAGCACAAAGGACACUACAUUCUCCACUAUGGUGCAAAGUUCAUGUACAUGAAGUCUAACUGUUUGUAAGUGUUCAUUUCCCAUGGUGUAUAACCUCGGAAAUGCAUGUCACACUAAUUCUUAGUAGUCUCUUCCACUAUCGAACAUGGAGAAGUCUAGGAUCUGGCAUUAAAAAAUAGUAGUAUUGAAGACGCUAGCUAGCCUGCCAUUGCAACGUACCACAUUUAAUAAAAAAUAUCAUGCCACAUUAACAGGCACCAAGCACGUUCUUAUUUUGGGGUGUUGAAUGUGAAGCUGCCUGACAAGAUUUUCAUAUAGAUUCAGGGUUUUUUUCUUUUGUUUUGUUUGUAUAUCAAAUUUAAGCUGUUUAUUUAUUUUUUAUUUUUUUGUUUCCCAUCACAUUUGCCUUUUGCAUUUAAUAAAAUGUCACUGUAUUCAACAGUUACCAAUAGAUCACAUAUACAACUAAUCAAAAAAAAAAAAAAAAAAGAGCUUGCUGCGAACUGUAAUGUGCAAUGUUUUGUAGAACGAUAUGCAUUAUAACUCUCUCCACCUUUCUUCCAAAACGUUGGUACUUGGAUUUGUUGAAUUACUUAUAAUUUGAAGGUAAGGGUGUGUGCUCAACGUAGCGUUGUAUAAUGUCAGAAUCAAUGAACAGGGGCCAAUUUAAGCUACCACAUAUGGUAUGCUAUAUUAACACCAAAAAACUCAAUGCAGUUUUUUAAAUAAGAAACUAAAUGAUAAAUUUGAUUCUUUGCUGCCAUUAUAUGAAUUGCAUAGUUUAGCUUCAAUAUACUUUUAUUCAAAAUUAUACAAAACAGAACUGCAGCCAAUCACAUAGGGAGAUGUUCAAUUGAUUUCAACAGUUUCUAGCUUGGUACAGUAGUAAUGCCAAGUGUAACUGAAACUUAAAGCUGAAGUGUGCAAUAAUUUAUUGAGUUUUUCAAAUACUUUUCCCUAUACCAGCUAAGCUAUUCGUAGAUCAAUUUCCCACAACAAGCUCUAUGAAAGCAUUGGUCUUUUUGUUGAGCAUCCCAAACAUCCAGCCAUAGCAAAAUUGGCCCAACUAAUGUCAUGAGUUUGGGGCAGGAAUAUCUGGGUUUUUUUCUACCAGUGGCAGACAGAGGGAGUGUUUGGGAAACCUGUUUGAAAACAGUAUUUUCUUUUGCAACUCUGUUUGGUGAUGGUAGUGGUGUGGAAAUUACACACUUCAGCUUUUAUAUUACAUUUUAAACUGAAAUCCAAUGAUAAUGUUGAAAGAGGCAAUUUUUUUUAGUCCAGUCUCAGGGUUCUAAUACAAGCGUAACAGAGACUUGACCGAUUUUUCUCUAUUGCACGUCUCUUGAAAGCCUUCCAUUUUUGAAGAAUAGCUAAGAGUGGCAGUGUUUAUAAACUCAAGAGAUAACCUUUAGUAAUGAUUAGAAAUGUUCUAUUUUUUAUUUUAUUUUUGAAGAAUAUCUGUAAGUGAAAAAAGCAAGUGUAUCGAUGAAAGAUUUUACAGUACCUAAAAAAUGAGAAAAAAAUAUUUGUAUCUCUUAAUAAACAUUUAUCUUUUAAAAAUG